AUGGAAAUCGGGACGCGGUUAGAUCUAGGACACGAUGGUGAUGAUGAUCGAGAUCUCUUCGAGUGUCCUACUGAUGCAUGGGUUUGUUCUGAUAAAAAAUGCGACUGUGCAGGCCUGAAGGGCCGUCCUGGUCACCCCGGAAUCGCCGGUCUUCGGGGAGCCGAAGGAAUACCCGGAGACACAGGUCCGGAUGGGCCUCCGGGUCCCCGAGGUGAAAAAGGAGCCCUUGGUGAAUAUGGUGUGCAGGGCGAAUAUGGACAGAGGGGUGACGAUGGACCGAGAGGUUAUGAAGGAUCUCCCGGUAUUCCUGGUUACCCAGGAGAACAAGGAGUCCGUGGCCCCCGCGGCCUGGACGGCUGCAACGGAACCGACGGAUCACCCGGUCUUCCUGGUAUUCCCGGUCUGAUGGGCGGCCGAGGUCUUCCCGGAGACUUCGGGCCUCCAGGAGAACAAGGUGCCCCCGGUGAAGGCGGUGUCAACUCCGAAGGAACCAAGGGUGACCGUGGUGACAGAGGCAGAGACGGAGGUCCUGGUGGAUGGGGCGAGAGAGGGUUCGAUGGUGAUAGGGGGGCUAGAGGACUUAUGGGAGACCAGGGUCCAGAUGGACUCCCAGGAAUUCCAGGACAACGUGGUGAACGUGGUGAACCAGCCAGACCAGUACCAAGAGGUGCCAAAGGUAGAAAAGGAGAAAAAGGUGGCAGAUCCGUAGUACAUCCACUGGAAACUCCUGAUAUCAUCGAAGCCACCAAAGGUGAACCUGGUGAAGACGCAAGGGUUCUUGUUGGACGACCAGGAAUGAGAGGAGAUAAAGGAUUUAAGGGAGAUGCUGGUCUCCCAGGUUUUGCCGGUGUAAAAGGAGCAGAGGGUCCAGAAGGACCAAGAGGCAAAAUUGGACGACAAGGCUUGCAAGGACUUCCUGGUGAGAAAGGUGUCAAAGGUGCUCCUGGUUAUGCUGGAAAAGAUGGUUUUGAUGGCGAGAAAGGUGGUCGAGGAGAGGAAGGUUUUCCUGGAUUGCCAGGUCGCCAAGGUGAUAUAGGUCUUCCAGGUCCCUACGACCCACGCUUGGACACUAUAAGCGUGGGACCCGUUGGUCCUCAAGGUCUUCCUGGUUAUCCUGGAGAACCUGGAAUGGCUGGAGUCCCUGGAUUGAGAGGUGUUAUUGGUGCUAUUGGACCUACUGGACCUCCUGGACCCAAAGGUUUCCCUGGAGCACCAGGUCCAAAAGGUACUUCCCAGAAAGGUGAAAGAGGUCGAGAUGGUGCACAAGGUUCAAGAGGCUCACAAGGUCUUCCUGGUUUCGAAGGACCAGUCGGACCACAAGGACCUAAAGGCAACCGUGGAGAAACUGUGAUUGGACCACAAGGCUUGGAUGGACUCGAUGGACUUCCAGGUAAGAAAGGAUGUUUUCCUGCAGCAAAAAGUGCAGAAAAUAGAAAUCGAGUUUUUGAGAGAAUGGAUCAUGCGAUUUGUGAGAAAGGCGUCAAAGGUACCCCAGGAGAUUCCGGUGUAGACGGUCGUCCAGGUGCUCCAGGAUGGCCAGGUUUACCUGGUCCCAGAGGACCCAAGGGCGAAGGCGGUCGUCCUGGCCCUCCAGGUCCCAAAGGUCUGCAAGGUAUGCCCGGAAGAAAUGGAACCACUGGACGUCCUGGAGAGAAAGGUGUUAAAGGACGAUUGAUUUAUCCUGGAUCACAACAAGGAAGGGACGAGAGAGGAGACCCUGGAUACAGAGGUUUGGCCGGUGAUGUUGGUCCCCGUGGUGAGCCUGGUCCAGAUGGACCAGCAGGUAGACCUGGAUCCUUCGGUUUCAAAGGAGAACCAGGUGAGGAUGGAAGACCUGGAGCUCCUGGACGCAAUGGAACUGCUGGUUGGGAUGGCAGAGAUGGUGAGAGAGGAGACGAUGCUGACAGGGUGCCUCUGUAUGCCCUUGUCGGAGCCCCUGGAGCUGAUGGUUUGACUGGUUUACCUGGUGAGCCUGGUAACGAUGGUCGUAGAGGAGAACAGGGAGAUUCUCAACCACAGCCUUUGUACACUGGAGAAGUCGGUCUUAAGGGUGCACCUGGAGAUAGAGGUUAUCAAGGUUUAACCGGAACCAAAGGCGAGCCAGGAGAAUGGGGCGUUGAUGGAUUACCUGGUUUGAGAGGUUUGCCUGGAGUUUCUGAAGCCGGUCCUACUGGAUUCAAGGGUUACCCUGGCAUGGUUGGAGACAGAGGUCCACAAGGUUUACCCGGAGCUCCAGGUCAAGAAGGACCUAAGGGUUAUCCUGGCAGAUGGGGAAUGAAAGGAGACCGUGGUGAUGUUGGUGUGUCAUACAUUCCUGGAGACGCUGGUAUUGGCGGUCUAGAUGGUUUGCCUGGUGAGAUGGGAGACCAAGGACAUCCUGGAAAAUCUGGAAGACCUGGACCUGAUGGUGUUAAAGGUAUGAAAGGACCUAAAGGAGCUCCUGGACUUGUCGGAUACACGGGAAUGACUGGUCUUAAAGGUCAUGCUGGAGAUACCAUCCCUGGUUUACCAGGUAUCGCCGGUGCUCCUGGACAGCCUGGAGCUAUUGGUGAAUUUGGUGAAGAAGGACGCAGAGGACCUGAUGGAGCUCCUGGACUUAGAGGAAGACGCGGAGAAAAGGGCGAACCUGGUGCUGAAGGACGUAGAGGUCCUGAUGGUUUUGCCGGACCCAAGGGUUACAUAGGUCAUUUUGGUGCUCCCGGAAGAGCUGGGGAACAUGGAGAACAAGGUGAACAAGGUAUGAUGGGUGAACCGGGUUUGACUGGUAGACCAGGAAAACCUGGACCUAUGGGAGAUAUGGGAUUCAAGGGAAUUACUGGAGAUGUCGGUUAUGUGGGAGCAGAAGGCCGUCCAGGUGUGCGUGGAUUCAAGGGAAUGCAAGGUGACUCUGGUUUGCCAGGUCUUGCAGGUUUGCCUGGUGAGAACUCAUUCAGUGGACCUAAGGGAGAAGUUGGAGAACCUGGUUUGCCUGGAAUUCAAGGAUAUGAUGGAUUACCGGGUCUUGAUGGACUUAAAGGUGAGGCUGGUGAUCAAGGUUUAUCAAUUGACGGAGAGCCGGGUUGGCAGGGUGUGCAAGGAGAACCAGGUUGGGCUGGUUUGAAUGGAACUGCUGGACUUCCAGGUCUUCCUGGAGAUCGAGGAUUUGAUGGAUUUAAUGGAGAACCUGGUGAGCCAGGUCCUAAAGGUUUCCCAGGAAGGCCAGGAAGAGAUGGUCGUCCAGGUUUGAAAGGAGAACGUGGUUGGACUGGAUUACCUGGAUUAGCAGGACCUAGAGGUUUAACCGGAAUGCAAGGUGAUCCAGGUCAAAUGGGUCGCGAUGGUAUGCCUGGUGACAUCGGUGUACCAGGAGCAAGAGGUCUCCCAGGUAUCCCUGGACGCAAAGGUUUCCCCGGAGCUCCAGGUUUUGCCAGCUAUGCCAGUGCCACAAAGGGAGAACGAGGUGAAUCAGGAUACAGAGGCUUGACUGGACUCGAAGGAGAACGAGGUGAGACUGGUGCUGUGGGUUACAUUGGUCUCAAGGGAGAACGAGGUGAGACUGGAUAUGCUGGAUUAGAAGGUAUCAUUGGAGCACCUGGACCUAAAGGACAACGUGGUGAAGACGGUCGUCCUGGUUUACCGGGAUUGUCUGGAUCAAACGCUGAACCUGGAGAGGAAGGAAGGCCAGGUUUGGAUGGUCCUCCUGGUUUGGAUGGUUUACCUGGCGCUAAAGGUGCACCUGGUGAUUACGGUCUAGACGGUUUAGAUGGACCAGAUGGUGAAAUAGGUUUCUCACUUGCUGGACCUAAAGGCUUUGCUGGUGAUCAAGGAUAUAGAGGACCCAAUGGACGUCCUGGAGCUGCAGGGCUAAGAGGACAAUCUGGUUUCCCUGGAUUGCCCGGCUUGAAGGGUAUGAGGGGUGAGCCGGGUGUUGCUGCCAUCAGCUUCAAGGGAAUGAAGGGUAUGCCGGGAUAUAGUGGACUGCCAGGCAGAGAUGGAGAACGAGGAACGAGAGGAGAUGAUGGUUUGGACGGCCUACCUGGUUUACCAGGACCUAAAGGUGUUCCUGGAUUGCCUGGAGAGCCAGGGCCUCAAGGAUUACCAGGUUUGCACGGUUUGAAAGGUCCUCGGGGUGACAGAGGAGACGCUUAUCCAUCCUACAUGUUGAUUAAGGGAGAAAGAGGAGACCCAGGAUUUGAUGGUGCCCCUGGAUGGAGAGGAGAAACUGGUAACCCAGGUUUGCCAGGUUUGGAUGGACCUACUGGUGAAAUUGGAGAAGUUGGAUAUCCAGGACGUCCAGGACCACCUGGUCAGCCAGGUCCCAUUGGAAUAGUCGGUCUUCCAGGUCUUCAAGGUCUUGCGGGUCAACCUGGUUACCCAGGAGUCCGCGGUCUUCCUGGUGACGAUGCUCCACCACCGCCACCACCCAGACAAAGAGCUCUAUUAUUCGCAAGGCAUGCUCAAGGUGGUAGAACUGCCGGAACAAUCUGUCCUGCAGGAACCAGCGAGAUGUGGACCGGAUACUCCUUGUUGCAUAUCACUGGAAAUGGAAAGGUUCAUGGUCAAGAUUUGGGUGCUCCUGGAUCUUGUAUGCGUAGGUUUAGCACAAUGCCAUAUUUGUUCUGUGAUUCAAAGAAUGUGUGCAAUGUUGCUCAAAGAACUGAUUACUCGUACUGGUUGACGACUGAUGUGCCGAUGCCACAGAAUGUUAAAUUUAUACCAGCUACUGAUGUUGCUCCAUACAUAUCUAGUUGUGCUGUUUGUGAGGCUCCUAGUCGAUUGGUUGCUUUGCACAGCCAGUCAAGUGACAUUCCUGAUUGUCCAGAAUCCUGGGAACUAUUAUGGACUGGUUACAGUUUCUUGAUGCACACCGAUGCUGGCGCAGAAGGCUCCGGCCAAUCCUUAUCAUCUCCUGGAUCUUGUCUGGAGAAAUUCCGUGCUUCACCGUUCAUCGAAUGUCAUGGUCAUGGUAGAUGUAACAAGUACGCCACUGCCAACUCUUACUGGUUGGCAGGAAUCAAGGAACAUGAGAUGUUCGAGAAACCAAUAUCAGAAGCCAAGAGUGCAGAUGUUACCGAUAAAGUCAGCAGAUGUGCCGUUUGUAUGCGCAAACGCUAUUCGAGAUCAUUUGCUCCUGGUACAUUUGGUGGGUCAUCCUCAUCUCGCGGACAAAUUGGAGGUGGUUACCCUGUGACUUCAGAGAAUGAAGUUGUGCCUGAAGAUCCUUACUCUUCAAGUUCACAAGAUAGAAGAGAUCGUUAUGGCAGACCAGGUGAAAGUUCCUAUGAUAGAAGACCAGAAGAUCAAGAUCGAUAUGGUGGUAGACCAGAAGACCGAGAUCCUUAUGGUAGAAGACCAGACGAACAAGAUCCUUACGGUAGAAGGCCAGAAGAGCAAGAUCCUUAUGGUAGAAGGCCAGACGAACAAGAUCCUUACGGUAGAAGAACAGAAGACCAAGAUAGAUAUGGUGGCAGACCAGAAGACCGAGAUCCUUAUAGUAGUCGACCAGAAGACCAAGAUCGAUAUGGUGGCAGACCUGAGGACCGAGGUUCUUAUGGCAGAAGGCCAGACGAACAAGAUCCUUAUGGCAGACGACCUGAUGAACAAGAUCCUUAUGGUAGCAGACCAGGUGAACAAGAUCCUUAUGGAGGCCGUCCUGGCUCCGACGAUAGAUACGGAAGCCGACCAUCAGAACAAGAUCCUUAUGGCAGAGGUCCAGAAGAACAAGAUCCAUACGGAAGACGCACCGAAUCAGAAGAUCGCUACGGUGGAAGACCAUCAGAACAAGAUCCAUACGGAAGACAACCAGAUGAACAAGAUCCUUAUGGCAGAAGACCUGACGAACAAGAUCCUUAUGGUAGACGACCUGACAAACAAGAUCCUUAUGGUAGACGACCAGAUGAACAAGAUCCUUAUGGAAGACGACCAGAUGAACAAGAUCCUUAUGGCAGAAGACCUGAUGAACAAGAUCCUUAUGGAAGCAGACCAGACCAUGACAGGCGUACUGAAUCCGAAGAUCGUUAUGGUGGAAGACCAGACGAACAAGACCCAUAUGGACGCAGACCUGACCAUGAACAAGAUCCCUAUGGACGCCGACCUGAUGAACAAGAUCCUUAUGGAAGACGUCCAGAUGAACAAGAUCCAUAUGGACGCAGACCUGAUCACGAACAAGAUCCUUAUGGACGUGUAGAUGAACGUGAUCCUAGAUACAAUGCUUCUCGAAGCAACCACAGCGAAUCCAGCAGCUACGACUCAAGAUACCACCAAGGAUCUCAGGAUGGCGGAAGCAGAGGACAUUACGAUCCUUCAGACCCAAGAUAUUCACAACAGGGUUCUUCACAAGGAGGAUUUGACCCUACAGAUCCAAGGUUCUUCCAAGGCUCUCACGAGCAAGGGCAGUAUGAUCCUUCAGAUCCCAGAUAUCACCAAUCAGGACACUCCGGCUCCAGCCAGUAUGAUCCAUCUGAUCCGAGGUACUUCCAAGAAUCAGGACGUGAUCAACAUGGAUCAGGUCAAGCAGGACAUUAUGAUCCUUCCGAUCCUAGAUACCAGCAAGGCUCUGGCCAUGGUGGAUCAGAAAGCUCAUCAUUCCAACAUGGUCAAUUCGAUCCAUCAGAUCCUCGAUUCUCACAACAAGGUAUCCAGUGGUUCACAUUAGAUCCAAAUGAUCCCAAGUUUGCUAAAUUGAUGGAAGAUUUGCAACGCAGAGGUGGAUUCACAUGGACAAGCACAAGCGGUGAUAAUGCAGAGCUGUUGAGGGCACUCACAACAUUCCAACAACAAUCUGGUGGUAACUUGGCCAGCAUUUCGUUUGAUGAAUCUGAUGAUACUUACAGGAGAUUGAUGGACGAACUUCUGAGGGACAGCAGGUUGCAACAGCAGUUGGCAAGUCCAGAGCACCACUAUCCGUCCAACCUGACUUCAGGUGCCCAAGGGGUCUCUCCAAGGGACCCAUUCCGUCAAAGGACGGGAGCCUCCCAUUUGAGGUCGGCAAAUGGUAAGAAACGAAGAAAAGGAAAGAAGCUGAGGACCACGACCACAACACCAGCCAGUGCGUAGAAUCACUCAUUGACAUGAUGUGAUACUAAUUAAGUAGACA